UGGGAAGGAGAGAGCCUGUGUGUGUAUUCCAAAACUGAUGGGAUGGGAUGGAGCCUGGUCAUGUCGAGUUUCUCUUGUCUGUAGAACCUAAGGAACUGUUCUUAUCAGAAGCAGUAAUGGCCACCUAAUGCUGGUAUCUCAACAGGCAAUAGCAGGAGCCCAGAAACAGACACAAAAUAACACAAGUGUGAGACCAUCUGUGCCGACCAGCACACCUGCAAUCAGAAUAUGUGCUCUGCAGAAUUCUGGCACACAGUUAGUAAAGAAAAUAGCAGCUGCUCCUGUGAAAACGUUAUCUCAAACAACAAAUGCUGUGGUUUCUACUGUUCAGACACCUGCUGUAAUACAGCCAGCAGCUGCAACAGCUAGUGUUACGGCAGUUACUGCUGUAAAGCCUUUGAGUACUGGAACACCUGUAAAACUUCCAGUUACAGGACCACCUGCACAAGCUAUCUCCCAAAAGGCAGUCUCUGUGAAAGCAGAGGGCACAACAGUAGCACAGACCAGCGCUUCUACAGAGAUGCUAGAGAAUGUGAAGAAAUGCAAGAAUUUUCUUGCUACGCUAAUAAAAUUGGCAUCUAGUGGACCUCAAGCCCCUGAGAUGGGGCAGAAUGUGAAGAAUCUGGUGCAAAAUCUACUGGAAGCAAAAAUUGAACCAGAAGAAUUUACAAAAAAGCUGUACAUAGAACUUAAGUCAUCCCCACAACCAUAUUUAGUUCCUUUUCUCAAGAAAAGCGUGCUUGCCUUACGGCAACUAAUGCCUAAUCCUCAGAGCUUCAUCCAGCAGUGUAUGGAGCAGCCAGCUCCAAUCCAAGAAGUGGUUUCGACUCGUACCUCUGCAGUCCCUGCCCCUCCGACAGCAGCAACAACCGCUCUUCCAGCUGUGAAACCCGUGCCUGCCUCUGUAGCAGUCUCAGCCCCUCUAGUUGUCGCGCCAGUCCUUGCCGGCACGUCGGCAGCACCUCCUCUGCCGGCACUGAAGGCCGUUCCUUCCCCUGCGGCGGCGACGGCGUCGCUCGGGCCCGCAGCUCCCGUCCUCCCCACGACCGUGGCGUCGUCCGGGCCGACCGCUGUCCAGCCUGGCAAGCUGGUCUUCACCUCCACGGUGCCAAAGGCCCCUCUGCAGCCUGCAAAGCCAGUGCUGGUCUCCACGGCGGCGUCUUCGGCGGCAACCCCGCUCCAGCCUCUGAAACCGGUCGUUCGAGCCCCAGUUGGUAUUAAAAUCUCGCAGCCCAGCUCCAUGGCGUCGCAGUCAGUGGUUAAAGUGAAACAGCUGGUAGUUCAACAACCAUUGGGAACCAUUGUCAAGCAAGUAUCCACGCUCCCACAGCCCUCAGUGCUCACCCUGCAGACACCUGCUGAGAAGAAGAUGCCGCUGAACACGCUUGUUCAAACCAACCAGCUUCCUGCAGGUUCCAUUCUGAAGCAAAUUACCUUGCCAAGAAAUAAAAUUCUGUCGCUUCAAGCAUCUCCUGUUCAGAAAGUGAAAAUAAAAGAGAAUGGAGCAACAUCCUUCAGAGAUGAAGAUGACCUGAAUGAUGUGACUUCUAUGGCUGGGGUUAAUCUGAAUGAGGAGAAUGCGCGCAUUUUGGCAGCAAACUCUGAGCUCGUUGGUACAGUGAUUCACUCUUGCUCAGAGGAACCCUUUCUGUCUUUGGAAGCUCUUCAGAGUAAAAUCCUGAACAUAGGUAAAAGGCAUGACAUUAUGGAACUUAACUCUGAUGUUGUGAACUUGAUCUCCUGCGCUACACAGGAGAGAUUACGAGGGCUCCUAGAAAAACUAACUGUAAUUGCUCGGCACAGAAUAUCAACCCACAAGGGGAGUGAUAAGUACAUCAUCUGUAGUGACACCAGAGCACAGCUGAGGUUUCUUGAGAAGCUUGAUCACUUAGAAAAGCAGAGAAAAGAUGAAGAGGAACGUGAAAUGUUGCUUCGAGCAGCCAAGAGCCGUUCCAAUAAAGAAGAUCCAGAGCAACUGCGGUUAAAGCAGAAGGCAAAAGAGAUGCAACAGUUGGAAUUAGCGCAGGUGCAACAAAGAGAAGCCAACCUCACAGCUUUGGCAGCCAUUGGACCAAGGAAGAAAAGACCAUUGGAUUCAUCAAACGUUGGAUCUGGGCUCGAGGGUUUGAACGGCACUGGAAUUGCUGGAUCAUCAGGUUUCAGCCUCACGAAGCAGAUUCUCUGUCCAAGAGUAACCCGUGUUUGUCUCAGGGACUUGAUAUUCUGCAUGGAACAAGAGAGGGAGAUGAAGCAUUCUCUGCACUUGUACCGUGCUCUUCUGAAGUGAUUUGAAUCUUGCAUUUCACCGUGCUGUCUACUGCCAAAGAAAACACUGAAGCAUUGUUGCACUGUCUUGAAAUUCCAGUUUCUGGAAAAUGAUCCGUUGUAAGGAUAACUCUUUGUUUACAGAUAAACAUUUUUAUUAAAUACCUAACUUAGCACCUGUAAGGUUUUUAAUAAUACUUGGCUUAAAUCAGUCUGUAAACGAGUGAAAACACUGAGCUGCACACAUAAGCACCUAUCUGCUUGCAUUUAACUUUCUUACAAGCUCUGAGGGCUUGGUAAGUGUUCCUAGUUUAUGUAUGUCACUUGCUUCAGUACUCCAGAGUCUGCAACAUCUGUUCUAUGUGCAGUGCCACCUUCCAACCCAAUCUUAUUUAGGGAAACAAAUAUCACUAUAAUGGCACAGCAUAGCAUGGCAACUGUAUUUAAUCACGAACCAGCAGUCAGUGAACGUGCUAAUGUAUUGCCUGCCUGACUCAACAUCUUCUUAAAUCUUCUGGGUUUAGAAUUAGUACUGGAUGCUCAUUUGUGGAGAUCAAAGUAGCAAGCAAAAGGAAUGAGGGGUCCUUUCUACACCACACUUUGCCUCAAUUGUCCUCAGCCUUUCCUCUGAGAAAGUGACUGAGGGAAGGAGGACAAAUAAGUCAUUCUUGGGAUUGAAGUACAUCACAGAGUGUAGUUAUGGCAUACUUGGAUGGUCAUGGAAAAUUUGGAGUUACUAAAAAUACAAGGAUUAAAAGAUCCUAAAAAGGGAGGAUAAGCAGAAGAAACAGUUUAUCUUUCUAUGGAUACAAAAAAUAGCAUUGAACUUGAGCAUAGAUGUGGAAAGAUAUUAACAAAACCUGUUCUGACUACAAAAAAGGGAAAAAUUGAGAUGUAUUGAAACUCUGGAGCUGAAGACUCCUUGGAGAGGAGCAGUGUUUGUAAAGCACAGGAUUCACUGCUUUAGAAUAUUGUUUUAAUACUUUCAUGUGGUUUAAUAGGGAAGCUUCUCAAAUAGAAAGUAUUUAGACAGUUGCUUUGUUUCCAUUCAGUGAGGAGGACUCUGGAUUAUAAAGACUGUUAGAUUAAAAGAUGUCUACUUGCUGGUAAAGACUGCCUUGUGGUAGAAGGAAAGCCCUCUGGGUCACCCUUCUCCCCAGCCUCAAAACAUGUUGCCUUCCGUGACACAGUGCUGUAUAGCAUGGCUAUUUUCCAGGACUGGUGGUGAUGCCUUAAGUUUUAGCUUUCAUUUUUUUCAGAGUCUGCAUUAGUAUGUAACUCUGAACUUCAUAUAAAGUGUUAGCAAGUCCUCACAGUUUAGUUAGACAAAACAAUCCUUUUUCAGACUGAGAAUCAAGGACACUGUUGCAGCUUCAGGCUUCAAGAAGUAUAAACAACAGUGAAUUGAGGAGAGCAGUCUGGGAGGAUGGGACUUCAUAACUUGAAUCUGUAAUUGGACAAUUAACCCCAACAUGUAAAUAGACCAAAACUUACAAAAGUGUGAAAACUCGUGACCAGUCGUCCAUCUUGGGCCUGUCUUGGGUCCAUGUUGGGUAGAGCCACAGCCAGGCUCUUAUACUGCCCAAGGUGUAUUCUUGGAAGACCUUUUAAUAAAUACCUACUUUAUUCCUUUAACACUGACUAGCCUCUGUUCCAGGUAGCCUCUCUAGGCAUCAGUGGGAAAGGUACUGACUGCAUUCAUGGAAUCUCAGAAUAUCCUGAGUUGGAAGGGACCCCCCCAAGGAUCAUCAAGUCCAGCUCUUCAGUGAACAGCCUGCACUGGGAUCAAACACACAACAUUAUUAGCACCAUGCUCUAACCAACUACUGAAUGACUUCCUGCUGAAUUUUUUUUCUUUGAAAGAACAAGCUUCCUAUGGUUACUUGGCAUGCUGCUUCAAAACUUGAAGCAACUAUUCACACAACUAUUCUGCACUGUCAGAACCACUGCAGGUGGUUCCCAAAUUCACAGAGUUGUGAAUCGGUUAUAUUGGGUUUUGUUGGAACAGCAAAUCUAGUAAAUGAAUGCUGUAAAUUAUUUAUAUAUGUAUAUAUAGCGCAUAUAUAUAUAUAUAUAAUCGAUACUUUGACUAAACUAUAGUUUGCAAGAUAUUGAUGGCA